ACCUGUGGCGGUUUUCGCGCCAGAAUCACAUAUAUAAUCUGUGCCGUGAACUGUUGGUAUUUUGCUGUUUGUGCACGGAAGGGAACAAUUUUGUUUAGGAUUUUAAUUUUGUAAAUAAUGGAAUCACCCAAUAAAAAAAAGAAGUCUGAACUUAAUAACAUGGAGUCUUCGAGUAUUCAGUCCGACAGUCCGGUUACGGUAAGGACGACGACGCCGGAACCAAACGCUAUUUUAUCGGCAGUGUCGAAUAGUGGAGGAUCUGAUACAGAAUCCGAUUAUGAAAGCGAUGAAGGCGAAGAGUACAACAUCGACAAUCUACCGCGGUUCCAGUUUAAAGGUAUUACCUGGAAGCUGUUUAAACCAAAUGAUAACGAAACAAACACCUUGUAUAGAAUAUUACUGGAACAUCCCAAAUCAGCAAAGGAACUAGCGCCUCAGUUUGCUGAAAAGUGCAAAACGCAACCUAACGAAGCCCUUAUCAUACUUGUAAAAUUUUGCCUCGAUUGUGCUGAUUGUCAAAACCUCAACUUGCGAAAGUUCGGGUUCCCACUGGAUGUGAAAAAAAUUAUAAAAAAAGUGGACAAUGAUCAAUUCCCUUCUAAAGUUUUCGAUACUGGUAAAUUUUUAUUUUCCGAUACAUCAGUAUUAGCAAAAGUGUUCCAGUGUGCCAUUAACACUUUUAUACAAACAUUUACUGUGGCCGCCCAUAGCAACAGGUUCUUAUAUAGUGAAGAAUGCAAAGUAUUUCUCAAAUUUUUAAAUUUAAUGUGCAAGGCCCAAUAUAGGCAUCUAUGGUUUACAGGGCAAAUUAUAAGUAUGAAACUUUUGACCGGUAUUUGUUGCCUGAAAUGUUAUUUUGAAGAAAAGAAUUCGAAAGGUGUGUUUUACAACAGGCUAAGUGGGUUUAUAAAUACCUUGUUCCUCAAUUUUGUCAAUGGCAGCAAACCUUCAGACAAGCAUUGCGCACCUCUGAAGAAGGUAGCUUUGAGAGAACUCCGUAGCUGGAUUAAUUUAUUUCCACAACUUUUCAUUGAGGAUUUCGAGUGUGUCAAUAUCGUUGCAAAAUAUUACUUAUCAUCAAGAAUAAAAUCGGUAAGGUUUUGGGCUUUGGAGUUUUGCAAAAAGCUAGUGAAGGACGGAGGCGCGAUGCUAAGCGGAGAGCCAAUAAAAACUAUAAUCAAGAUUAUAGAGUGUCAACUAGAAGAUGAGCACGAUCAAGUGGUGUUGGCUGCUUUGGAUGCGCUGGCAGCGAUAAACAAUGAAUACGCUGCCGAAUCCCCCAAAGAGGGAAAACAUUUGCGCUAUUUAAUAAAGUGCAUAUACUAUGACAACUAUGAAAUAGCAAAGCGAGCCGGACUGUAUGUGGCGCAGUUCUUGAAACGUGAAUCUCCGACCGAUGAUGCUGCAAUUUUGAUAAAGCUGGCCCGAAUGUCGACGGAUCUGUACCCAAAUUUGCAACCCAUGUUCGUGGAAGCUUGUCUUCCCAGCCAGCCCGUGUUGCAAAAUUGGAAUUUAAUUUUUGACAUCUUUUGCAAUGAAAGCUAUGGAAACCUUACUGAAAAAGAGACCAUAAGCGAAUUGGCACUCGAAGCGGCGCAGCAAAUAUUGAAUGGGCAAUCAUCGAAACCCAGAACCUUGCCCAGAGACGAUGUAAAACUGACUAUCAUGCAUCACCGUAAGAUCGCAGAAAAACUACUACUUUCGUUAAAGGCCAUAUUGUUGCUAAAUGCGUCUGAAGCAAAAAUUCUUUGUAAUUUUCUGAGGAUUCUGGUCAAAAUCAACCCCAAAGUUUUGACAAAUGAUUUGUGCGGGCACUUGGAAGAGUUAUUUGGAUUAUUGAAAAAAUUAUUCGCAUACCUUAAGGACGAACAAUCUCUGGAAGCGAUAUGCGACGCUCUGCUUUACUGUUCCGAGAAAGUUAAGCAGUUAAACGUACCUUUCAAAACGGGUAUCGCAGAUCUAACCAGCCAAUAUUCCAACGACCUAAUCCUUCAACUUCAAGCAUCAGACCAUAAAGUUGUUGAUACCGCCAAAAAAGUAUCAGUUCUGUUUAGCAAAUUCGAUCUAAAUGAAUACCUGUCUUGGCCCACUUUGCAUGAUUCUUGGGGCUUGAUGGACUCAAGCGAGAAGUUUGUGGACUCGCUGACAGCUUGUUGCCAUUGGAGUUUAGUGUGGAAUAUCCGUCGUUUGAAGUCAUCUUCUGCAGCAACAAGAAACAGUCAUGUGGAAAUUAUUAUCAGUAAUUUCCAAGAGUUCUCUGCCAGCUGUUUUAACGUGAUGGCAAAUACUGGCGAAGUUCUCCAAAUAAAUAUUUUCAGAAGAAUUUGCAAAUCGUACUUAGCUUUCGCAAGCGAAAUAGAUGAGAUCACUAUGGGCACUGCAUUGGCCAGCUUAACUCGGUGCAUUGUAGAUGAUCCACAAAUAUUGCAACUGUUUUUGUUUGUAUUUGAGGAGCGUAUCGUGGGAAAUGAAAGAAUUUCCUCCAUUGAGCAUGGCAAGAUUGUGGCCGAUGUGAUAAAUAUGACCCUACUUGAGAUACUGCCACCAAAUAAAUUAUCCGCAAUACUUAAGUAUUAUUACAAGUAUUAUGAUUUAUAUGGCAAACUAAUCGAAAAGGUAAUGCACCACAUCAAAUUAUCAUCCCAUGAUCAUGUGUUGCCUAUGCUUGUUGUAUCUGCUUUAUCUGACAUAUACCAAAAUAUUUUAAAGAAAGAUGGAGUGGUAGAUAUCAGGCGACAAAGUGCCAAGGAUUUACUUAAUACUUCCAUGCGGUUUGCAGAUUUUGGACCGAUGACUUCGAAACAAGUUCUUUCUAAAUUGCUGCUGUUUGCUAUUACUUAUGCAGAAUAUCACAAACAGUAUAAUUUUCUAAUUUUCCUAAAACCAUUUGCUACCAGAAUUUCAAAAUUUGACCAUGAAAAAACAGAAAUUUUGGACUAUAUCAAGACCAAAGUGCCAAAUUCGGAUUUAAAGAAGGAUUCAAUUUUAUACUUCAUCAACCAACUAAAGAAAUCGUCAGCAGGAAAGAAACAUAAAAAUCAAAAGAAAAAGUAAAAACAACUCAUUAUUGACAGUUUAUUUUCUUGAAAGUAAAAUUUAAGUUUCAAGCUGUUUUAAAAUAUUCGUUUUGGUAUGUAACUUACUUCAAUAAAAUUUCAUACUAAUACUUUAGUUGAU